AUGCGUAUUUUCUUCUUCCUCGUCCUUAUACGAUAUUUCUGUAUUUUCUGGCAUGCAUCUGUAUUUUGCAUGCGCUUGGCUUUUGGUGCGCUGUGCCGCGUGGUGUCUCUGGUGCCGGAAUUUCUCUUUACGAAUUGUCUCACGGAGCCAGUAUACCUGCGACAAGACCAGACGCAGGGGCCUCUGUUUGAGGAGGCAGCCCAUGGCAACGGAGCCAUAUGGGGAGACAGAAAAGCAGAUAGACAGAGAGACAGAGAUGCAGGAAGGAAGCAGACGGCCGGCGGUCUCAUAGGAGCUGCUGCUGUCCCUGCUUUUGUUGCUGCUGAUGCCUGUGGUGGCGCCACUGCUGUAGCGUUAUAUGUGCACCCUGGGGAGACGCAUGCGAUGUACUGGCCGCAGCAGGAUCUUCUGCAGCAGCUGCAGUUCCUUGUGGGGCGCAGCAACACACGGGGGUGGUCAGGGCCCGUUGUAGCGAGCGAGGAGACAGCAGGCAGGACCUGGGUGGCCGUCAGCCCCAGCGGAUCCAAGGGUGCGCAACCAGGUGAGGAAACAGUGAAGGGGACAGCGAAGGAGGCAGACGCUGAGGAGGAGAGGGGGAGAGAGAGGGAAAAUGAGAGAGACAGAGACAGAGACAGAGCCAGAGCCAGAGAGGCAUAG